AUAUUACAAGUGGUUUUGUCACCCUGCAGCGCGGGAGUUCUUCCCCCUGUUCCCCCAUGUUGGACCUGCUUCUGCUUCUGCCAUUUAACUACCAGUCUCAAAGUUACUCUUAAAGCGAAGGGAGAGUUUAGAAGACAACAUGCAGCGCAGCAUCGCAUCCUUCUUUCAGCCCAAGAGCAACAAGGAUGUUCAGAAGAAAUCUGCAGAUGAGCCGGUGAAAAAACCUGCCAAAAGCCCUCUCAAGGUGCAGAACGGCGUCCAGGAGGCUGAUUCGCCCAUCAAGAAGGUUGCCAAACGCAGCCGUCAGCUCCUGGACAGCGACGACGAGGAGGCGCCCGUCGUUAAAGAACAGGUCGCCGCCAAGGGACAAGGGGAGAAGGAAGCUCUGGGUAAAACGGAGGAGAAGGAUGAUGUGUUUAAGGCAGUUCCCACCCCCCUGUCUCCUCCACCUGCCCCAGCCACCCCUGUAACCCCUGCCACUCCAGCCACCCCAGCCUCUUCGGCUUCACCUGGGACCCCCAGCACCCCAAACUCCAUCUCCCCCUCUGGGAUUGCUAAACGCAAGACUGCGAGGAAGAUGUUCCCAAAGAGGAAGCUCGAUGAGAGCAGGAGCGGCAGCGAGAGUCAGAAAGAGGAGGCCGAGGCCAAGGAGGAGCAGGGUCAGCGGAAGAAACGACCCCGUGUGGAGAGCAGUGCCAGCAGCCCAGGGAACCCCAGUGAACCCAUGGAGGAGGGAGCAAAGGAAGAACGAGUUGAAAAGGCAGUGACCGAGGCUAACAGCCCAGAUGAGGAGGUGGAGAAUGAGAAGAAAGGGGAAGGAGAGAAGGCCGAGGAGGAGGAGGAGGAGCAGGUGGAGACAAAGAGAUCUGAUGAGAAGGAAAAGAAAGCUGAGGGGGCGGUAAAGAAAAACGAAGCAAAGGAGAAGACGGAUGAUGAGAAAGGGCCUGCCGUUGCCAAGAAGAAGGAGGUGGUUGAAAAGGACACGCGAGAUGGAGAAGAGAGCCCAAAAAGUCAAACGGCGAAAAAACAGAAAGAAGCAAAAGAGCAGAAAGAUAAGGAGCCGCCCAAGAAAGCCCCCAUCAGCAGUUUCUUUGCUCCCAGGAAAGCUGCAGUGAAGACAGAGAAAUUGGAGAAGGAUGAAGGAGAGAAAAAGUGUGCAGAGAGGAAGACGUCCGCUGAGGAGAGCAAAGACAUGAAAGGUGAGUCAACCUCGAGUCAAACCGAGUACAAUCCGUCGAGGCCCAACUACCAUCCAGUUGACCACGCCUGCUGGAAACAGGGCCAAAAAGUGCCGUACUUGGCGGUGGCUCGUACCUUUGAGAAGAUUGAAGAGGACUCUGGCAGGCUGAGAAACAUCGAGACGCUGUCGAACCUGUUUCGCUCCGUGCUGCUGCUCUCUCCAGAUGACCUGCUGUGCUGUGUGUACCUGUGUUUGAACCAGCUGGGUCCUGCCCACCUGGGGAUGGAGCUUGGCGUCGGAGAGACGGUGCUGAUGAAAGCUGUUGCUCAAGCAACUGGGCGACAAUUGGACAAAAUCAAGGCAGAGGCGCAGGAGAAAGGAGAUCUGGGCCUUGUGGCCGAGAGUUCCCGUAGCAACCAGCGCAUGAUGUUCCAACCGGCCAGUCUGACAGCAGGGGGCGUGUUCAGAAAAUUGAAGGAAAUUGCCAGCAUGAGUGGGAACUCGGCCAUGAAUAAGAAAAUCGACAUCAUCAAAGGCCUCUUUGUGGCAUGCCGCUUUUCCGAGGCCCGCUACAUAGUCAGGUCCCUGGCUGGGAAGCUGAGGAUAGGCCUGGCUGAGCAGAGUGUCCUAUCAGCACUAAGCCAGGCCGUGUGCCUGACCCCUCCUGGACAAGUUUUCCCUCCCGCUGUGAUCGACGCAGGGAAGGGGAUGAGCGCUGAGAGCAGGCGGGCCUGGAUCGAAGAGAAGAGUCUCAUUCUCAAACAGACUUACUGCGAGAUGCCCAAUUAUGACGUUAUUAUCCCGGUUCUGCUAAAAGAGGGCAUAGACCAGCUUCCCAAUCACUGCAAGCUCACUCCAGGCGUACCGCUCAGACCCAUGUUGGCUCACCCCACCAAGGGCGUCGGCGAGGUGAUGAAGAAGUUUGACGAGGCGGCGUUCACUUGCGAGUACAAAUACGACGGAGAGCGAGCACAGAUUCACAUUCUGGAGAGUGGCGAGGUUCGAAUAUUCAGCCGCAACCAGGAAGACAACACGACCAAAUACCCUGAUAUCAUCUCUCGCAUUCCCAAGGUGAAGAAGGACUCUGUGGUAUCCUGCGUCCUGGACUCGGAGGCGGUGGCCUGGGAUCGUGAGAAGAAACAGAUCCAGCCCUUCCAGGUCCUCACCACCCGUAAGAGAAAGGACGUGGAUGCCUCAGAGAUCAAAGUCCAAGUGUGUGUGUACGCCUUUGACCUGCUGUAUCUCAACGGCGAGACUCCUGUGAGGGCCUGAUGGUGAAGACUCUGGAGAAGGAUGCCACCUAUGAAAUAGCCAAGCGCUCUCAUAACUGGCUCAAGCUGAAGAAGGACUACCUGGACGGGGUGGGCGACACGGUGGACUUGUGUGUGAUUGGCGCCUACAUGGGGAAAGGCAAGAGGACGGGCACCUAUGGGGGCUUCCUGCUGGCCUGCUACGACGAAGACAACGAGGAGUUCCAGUCCGUGUGCAAGAUCGGGACAGGCUUCAAGGAUGAAGAUCUGGAGCAGCAUUACAAGUUCUUAAAGGAGCACAUCCUGCAGAAGCCCCGUGCCUACUACCGUUUCGACCAAUCAGCAGAGCCCGACGUCUGGCUGGAUGCCGUGCAGGUUUGGGAGGUGAAGUGCGCCGACCUGUCGCUGUCGCCCGUCUACCAUGCUGCCAUGGGAAUGGCGGAUCCAGAAAAGGGCAUUUCUCUGAGGUUCCCCCGCUUCCUUCGGAUCAGAGAUGACAAGAAGCCUGAGGACGCCACGACCGGAGCUCAGAUUGCUGAUUUGUACAAGAAGCAGCAGCAGAUUCAGAAUCAAGGGGAGAAAGCUGACCCGGAAGACUACUACUGAUCAUCUAGUAGUCAUCAGCAGAGAAUAAUAAAUAUGGCAAAAAUAAUUGUAAAUAGCAUCUUCCUUUUUUGUAAUGUUGAAUGAAAAUAAAGGCUCUUGCCAGUUUUAAGCAU